AUGGGUGCACGUAAAUCAAAAACCAGCUACGUUGUAUCUAAUCAAGAUUUCACUUAUGAAAGAUCAACAGCGGCAUCAGCACCAGCGACACAGCCUGCACCAAUAGUACAACCUGCCGUCGAAGAAAAUCGAACACCAGUUACAGCAACUACAGUGGAAACACGGCAUAUAGAGAAUACAGAAGUGAAACUACCAGAAAUCGAUAUGAGUGUAGUGCCCACUUGGUUGACCGAAGAAUACUUCGUAGAUAUACUCAAAGAAAAUGUACCUAAUUUCGAUAAAAUUACCGAUUUCAAAGUGAAGCCAGCAUUGAGACCAGGUGAAAAUUAUGCCACCCUUAUGCUGCGUGUAAAUAUUGAAGUAGCAUUGACAGAUAAAACUAGUAAAGCUAUUUCGUAUAUGUUGAAAGUGCCUCACGAUACCGAACAAAUGAGACAAAUGGCAGCAUUAAUGAAUUUGUUCAUACCAGAAAACGAAAUGUAUUUCGAUAUUGUUCCCGAACUUGAAGAAAUGUAUAAAGCAGUGGGCUUGGAAAUAUCAUUUGGUGCUAAGGCUUAUAAGUUUAAAAAACAACCAAUUACCGAUACUGUUUUACUCGAAGAUUUAGGUCCGCUAGGCUACAAAAAUCGUGAUCGCUUGCUUGGAUGCGAUGUGGAGCACACUCAAUGGGUUCUCAAGAAAUUAGCACAAUUUCACGCGGUUUCUGCCACACGCGUAGCUACUAAAGGACCAUUUUCCAAAAUAAUUAUGAAAGGAUUUUUCGAUGUCGCAAAACCAAUAUAUGAUGCUAUGCUAAAAUCAUUUACAGAUCAAUUUUUAUCUUCUAUUAACUGUUAUGAAAAUGGAGAGUUUUAUGCACCAAUCAUGAAAUCAUUCUUUGACGUAAUGGCAGAUAAUUUCGACUGUUUACUCAUACCAGACCCAGAUGAAUUUAAUGUUAUUAACCAUGGAGAUUGCUGGUCUAAUAAUAUUCUAUUUCAAUAUGCAAAUGAUGGCAAAAUAUUAGACACAAAAUUUGUUGAUCUACAAAUACCUCGAUAUGGUUCACCUGCUCAAGACUUGAAUUACUUUUUAAUAACUUCCACUGCCCUUGAUGUAAAAUUGAGUCAAUUUGAUCAUUUUCUACGCUAUUAUUAUGAUAAUUUAAUCGAACAUCUAAAAUUAUUAAAAUAUCCCAAAAACAUACCAACAUUAAGUGAGCUACACGUACAAAUGCUUAAAUAUGGCAUUUGGGGAGUAAGUGCUGGAAUGACAACAUUAUCUGCCGUCUUGUUAGAUCCAACGGAAAAGGCCAGCUUUGAUAAUUUUAUCUCAGAUGGUGCCGAAGGUGUAGAAUUUAAAAAUUUGCUCUUCUCCAAUCCCAGAUAUUGUCAACACAUAUCCAAAUUGUUACCUUGGUUCUAUAAUCGUGGUUGUUUGGAACCAUUCACAAAUAAACCACUCACUGCAAUUCAAAUAUCAACGCCAGUAGAAAUUUCACAAGUCACUGAGACCUCGGUUGAAGAAUCCGCCCUGACGUCGGCGAAUGACCAACAAGCAAAACCGAACUACCCAGCAUGGGUAACAGAAACGUAUUUUAUUGAUAUUUUAGAAAAAGAAAUACCAAACUUCAAAAAAAUAAGCAAAUUUGAGAUAAACCCAGCAACAAGUUCGGGAGACAAUUACUCAUCUAUUAUGCUUAGAAUUGACAUCGAAACCGAACUAACAGAUGGUACUAUUCAACCAAAUUCAUUUAUGCUGAAAAUACCUUUAGACACUGAAAAAGCUAGCGCUAUGAUGAAAGUUUUCAAUACUUUCAACAAAGAAAUGGCUAUGUACGAUAUUGUGCCACAGCUUGAAAAUAUUUAUAAAGAAGCUGGACACGAUAUAGUAUUUGCACCCAAGAGUUACAAGUUCGUGAAGAAUACAAAUUGUGAUCAUUUACUUUUGGAAAAUUUACGUACCCUUGGUUUUAAGAAUGCGGACCGCAUUGCUGGUUUAGAUAUGGAACAUACCAAACGUGUGCUAGAAAAAUUAGCAGAAUUCCAUGCUGCCUCCGCGAUGUUGUAUGAAAAAAAUAAUAACGCUUAUCCAGAAUAUUUGACCAAGAGCUUAAAAAGCGAAGAAAAUCGAGCAUUUUUUGAAGGCAUGGGUCAACAGUUCUUCGGCAUUUUUUAUAAACAUUUAAGGACCUUUGAAAAUAGCGAAGAAUAUGCAGAAAAAAUUAUUAGCAAUGAAAAAACUUUAUAUGAUAAAUGUCAGGCAGCAGACAAAGGUGCUGAAAGCAGUAUUAAUGUCUUAAAUCAUGGAGAUUGUUGGACUAAUAAUAUAAUGUAUCAAUACGAUGAUGCUGGAAAGAUUAAAAAUGUGUACUUUGUAGACUUUCAAAUGAGUCGAUAUGGUACUCCCGCUCAGGAUCUAUACUACUUCAUUUUUUCGUCACCAACUUAUGAUAUUAAAUUAGAACAUUUCGAUGGCUUUAUUAGGCACUAUCAUGAACAUUUGGUAAAAAAUUUGAAACUUUUGAACUAUCCACGUGAAAUUCUAACUUUAAAGCAAUUGCAUAUUGAUCUUUUGAAAUAUGGAAUUUAUGGAGUAACUACUUCCACCAAUGUUUUGACCGCAAUAUUGCUGGAUCCUACAGAGAACGCUAGCAUUGAAUCAAUGCUAAGUGAUAGUGAAGAAGGUGUUAGUUUCGUUGACUUGUUAUAUUCUAAUCCUCGAUAUCGUAAACAUGCUAGUGCUAUAUUUACUUGGUUAAAUAGACGUGGUCAGUUAGAAUUUGAUACCGAAAUUGAGCAAAGUGUUAAACAAAAAAUUACUCCACCACAUCCAAAUGCAGAUAUCAACCUUUCUAGUGAAACAACGAACGCAGCUACUUCUAGAUCUGCCAAAAAAGUCAAUACUGAUGCUGAGUUCGAGGUGCAUUUUAUAGAAAUUCUAAAACAAAAUAUUGACAAUUUCGAUAAAAUUAUAACAUUCAAAACCGAGGCCGCUACUAAAGCUGGAGACAACUACGCAUCGACAAUAUUACGAGUUAUAAUAAUAAUACAACUAACAGGUUGGUGUAAUGACCGCAUUUACAAAAUUAUUUGUAUAUAA